AUGUCUAAAGAAGUUGUAAUGAUGGAGUAGGUAAUAUCGAAUUAGAUAAAGCCAUCUUUCUAACGAUGGCUCGUUUUAUUCUCUUAUUCCAUAAUUGCAAUGGCUAAUGUAAUGUAAUUAGUAAGUUACAGUCCAAUUUGGGAAUCAGCAGCAAUCUAUUAUGGAAUCCCAUCACAAGACUUAUAAUGGAUAGGGAAUAUGUAUUAUAUCACAUUUUUCGUCUUGGCUCCAUUUUGCAUUAAGCCAUUGUUAGUAAGAUUGGAUAUUAGCAUGCAUGUAAUUGGUGUUAUAAGUGCUAUAGGGUAAUUUUUUCAUGGUAUAAAUAAAAGAGCAUGGAUAAUAUGGAUUGGAGGAUAAUCUUACUUAAUGACAAUGGUAGGGUUAUUCGUGAUUGGAAUAAGUGAUGCUAUGAUUUUAAUAGUCCCAGUUUUUCUAUCAGAAAAAUGGUUUACUGUAUACGAGAGAUUAUUGGCAACUAGUUUAGGCAGUUUCUUCUAAUAUGUUGGAAUGGCAUAUGCAUAUGCAUUUGCUUCAUUCUAUUUUGAUAUUUUGGAUGAUUAGAGUGUUAUAAAUAUGAAAAUUGAUGAAAUGAACUUAAUGAUUGCAGUAUUUAAUACAGCUGGAGCUGUUCUUCUGUUAGUGUUUUUCAGAAAUAGACCACCUCAUCCAGCUUCAAAUUCAGAUAAUAUAGUUAAAGAUCCUAUUUGGAAAUCAACAGUGAAGAUGCUUACAAUGGAAGAAUCAAUAAUUGAUGGACUAUCUUUGGGGAUUUUUAUUGGAUUGGGUUGGGUGUACACAACUAUUAUAUCUUUUGAAUUGUAUCCUUUUGGUUAUACUCAAGCAGAAGUAGCAAUUAAUGGAACAGUCUAUCAAAUAUCAGGAGUGGUGGUGGGAUUAUGGGCAUCAAUAAAGUUGGAUUCUUAAGCUAAAUAGGGGAAACAACCAGAUUAUGACAGAUACAUUAAGACCUUUACAAGCAUAGGGAUGAUCACUUUGAUUUUAGAAGCAUUUAUCAUAGAAUAUGUAGAUUACUGGAUGUUGAUUUUCUUAAAUUUUGCGAUGGGUGUAGGUCUUAAUUCAUUUUAUCCUAUUGCAAUAUAGUCUUAUGUUGAAAAACUCUACCCAGCUUCAGAAUUAGUUUUGGUGACUGGUUUGUUGUGUUUGGCGAAUAUGGUUGGAUUUGUGUUGAACUACUUGAUAGUCUUGCCAGAAUUUGAAUCAUUUGGGUUGUGGAUGGGAUGCGUUAUAAUAACUCCAGGGUAUUUACAUAUCUUGUUAAAUUAUAAAACAAAAUAUAGAAGGUUCGAAUAGGAAAUUUGA